AUGGGGGACGCCCCAGAAGCUCCACAGCAACUUUCAUUCUUCUCAGAAGAUGCGGAUUGUUUGCUAGGGUCACCUCUCAAGAAGGUGAAGCUGGAGGAUCAGUCUACGACUCCGACGGCUACCCCUUCCCCAACUCCAGGCAAAUCGGAUGCCACUUCAUCGCCAUCCCCGAGUCUCAGCCCGGAACAGCUCGCAGCGCUCAGGGCCGAAGGGCUCGGAGUGUCGAGCGAUGGGAAGCUUACAUGUAUGGUUUGCAAAAUGGCGGGGCGAGGCAGAAAGAUGCGGUUCUGCACGCCCUGUGCUCGCGAUGUUGCCGCAGCCAAGAAAGAUGCCCAAGAAAAUGGGUGGAUUGCGUUGUACGAAGAGCAGGCCAAGGCUGAUGACACUUUCGUGCUCAUGAUUCUGAAGUACCAGAAAAGUUGUGGAACCAAAGGCCGUGGCAUCGCCCGAAACAAGUUCGAUCAUGUGUCCUUUCGUGAAACUUUGUACAGAAAGAAAGCAGUGCGGCGUGGGAUCAAAGAGGUCAUGCUUGAUUGGGGCGAGUUCACCCAGCACUUCCAGAAGAAGGGAUACAGUGCACGUGAGUUUUACGAGUCUAUGUUUCGUCUAGGCCCAGAGAUUCUGGAGAAGUGGCAGCAGCUCCAGAAUGAUGGGGCUGAGACGGACUUGAAGGGUCGCAAAGGCCAAGAACUCCGAGUGAGCACGGAGACGGAGACCUUCAAGUUGGACUUCACGGAAGAGGGCACUGAGAUGGCUCGUGACUUGUCCCACACAUCAAAAAAAUUCAAGGCUGAAGACGUGGAGGAGCUGGACGAUGCUGUGAGAAACUUCGCGAGGCCUCAAAUUCCUGGGGCAGCGUCUCAUUCUAGUUCGCCUCCUGGCCAGCCGCCUGCUAGCGCUGCGGCUGAAAACAAGGACAAGAGCGAGAAGAACAAACCAAAGGAGCAGCGAAAGACGCCUUUGUCUCGCCGUGUUGCCUUGCAUGAUUCAGCACUGCAGGCUGUGCGCAAGAGCCAGGAAGCGUUGAGGAAGCUGCCUGACAAGAUGAAGGAGACCAUCGCAAAGUUUGAGUCGGAAGAGGCUGAGUAUGAGGAGUACAUGCGCAUCCUCCGGGCUCGUGCAGAGCUUUGUGGUUUCAUGGGGCAGAAUGAUGACAGCAAGACCCGGGAUGAAGUCGAGAAGGCGGCCUUGGCUACACAGGAAGCCUUGGAGAACUACAUCAAAUCCUUGAGCACGUCAAAGCAGAGCUACCUCACGGAUGGUGGCUCAAACUUGAAAAGCGUUCCUAUGGCAUUGCAUCUCGCUUUCUCUGUGUUGAGUAAGAACUCUCACGAGGAGAUCGACCAGUGGAAGAAUGACUGGGAGGAUGUGAUUUCCGGCUUGGUGCAGAUCGCGACUUUGAUGGACCAGAGUAUCAAGGAUCUUGAGUCUGCCAAGCGAGCUCGGGAUAAGAAGCGUCAGCGAGACGCAGACGCCGAGAAAAAGAAGGCGGAGCGUGAGGAGCAGAAGCGUGUGAAAAAGGAUUUGAAGGAUCAGCUCAAGGCCGGUGCCACAGGAAUGGCCGCUCCAAAGGCAGCAGCGGUUCCUGUGGUAGAGGUGCCGAAGAAGAACAUUCUGCAGGUGCCCACUGACAUCAUGGAGAAGGUCGGUGAGAUGACGGAGGCUGACUUUGCGCAGCUGGACACGAGCGAGAAGAAGGAGAUCAUCAACGAGCCGCUGCUCAUCACAGACUGUGAACAGACUGUGAGAAAGCUUCGCGCCAUGAACAAGGUGAAGGCUCAGAUGACCAUGUUUCGGUCCCAGUUCACCACGACCAGCCAUGUGAAGGCCACCGGCCGAGCGCAACUGCCCAUCACAGCCGCAGACCAGAUUGAGGAAGUCUUUGCAGUCCUGAAGGCCCUGGACCCGGCAUGCACUCAGUGGCCAAAGACUCUUCCAGCGGGCCAUGACCUGACACCUUUCGUGCAGCCCUACAUCUAUGGCUUCACCGACAGCAUGGUCUAUAUCGGGGGUGAGGACAAGUGGGCCGGGCAGGUGCGGAUCCAGCUCUCUGGCGUCCGGUAUGUGGUUCUGGCUGCUAUGUCGCCUCUGGUGGACGCCCUUGGCUUGAAGGGCAAGGGCAUCAAUGAAGUGGCCAAGGCCUUUUCUGACAUGGACAAAGACCAGGUCGAGAAACUGGGUGUCGAUAAGGACUUCAAGCUGCAGUGUGCCGUUCAGUCGAGUCACUCGGCUCUGUACGUGCCUCCGGGAUGGAUCUGUGCAGAGUAUGUUCGAUCAGCGGAGGAGAUUGUCGGUCUGAAGAUGGCAUCCGUUCACGUGGACGCUUUGGCAAGCUUCCGGGAGAUUUUUGAGCAGAAGGAAGCCGCCGACAGCUCAAGUCCCAUGGUAAAAGCCAUGAAGGCUUACAUGACUUAUGUUAGCUCAAACUGA